UUCUUCUACGGCAACGACCAUCCACUACAUAUAAUAUUUGCACUCCAAUAGCACAGAAACGUUGAAAUGCCAGAGUCUAAGCAUGACAAAAAAUCCGACGGAGCGAGUAGCAAUGAACGCUUACUUCUAGCUGCGCGCACGGAUCAUCUCGAUAUGCUGGUGGACCUAUUUGAGGACAAAGACCUCGAUAUCAACUUUCAGGACGGGUUAGGGAAUACAGCCUUGCAUUAUGCUGCAUCAAAUGGUUCUGUAAAUGUCAUCGAAGACAUUCUUAUGCACCCUCAAUGUGAUGUUGAUCCAAUAAAUCGCCUCGAACGGGCUACUCCUCUCCAUCUCGCAGUCAAACUCAAAGAAGACCGCGAAGCUAUGCUUUUCAUAGUAGAUGAACUCCUCGAUGCAGGGGCUAAUAUGGCGAUCAAGGACAAGAAUGGAGACACCGCGCUUGACCUCGUGCCAAAAAAUGAUACAGAAGUACGUACAUUGUUCCAAAGAGCGCAGGCAGAAUUAGCUAUAUCAGCGGAUGACAUAGCAAGUGACGAAGAUGAAGGUGGGCCUGGUUCGGGCUCGGACGAAUAGGAUGGUCGCGUUUGUGAAUAUGUGAAUAUGUCCCAUAAUAAGAAUACGAAAUGUUGUAGAUUUUGGAGUGGGCAUGUAGGUUUAAAUUAUUAGUCAUCUGGUCAUGUGUACGUCCUUUUGUUGAAUCGUUUGUAUGUGCCAUUGUUGCUUUGAUUCCGCAGCGCUAUUUUUUGUAGAACACAAUUUAAACCGUUGAAUGACCUCCAAGGAUAUAUAUCGACCAUCGGUCC